AUGGAUCAUUGCGAUGCCAUUGAGAAGCUUCGCAGCGCCGGUCACGCCCGAGUUAACAUCGAAGGCUGCAAUGACUCGGUCUUCAACUUUAUCUCGCAAGCCUCGCUUGACGAACUGACGCCGCUCUUGCAGCGGCUCCGCGAGUUUCAGGUGACGGAGCAAACUCAACUCCCAUAUACCUGUACCGGCUUUCUUCAGCUGGACAGCGACUGCUAUCAUCGGGCCGAGAUCUUGUCACAGUUUUCCUCGUCUGCAGCCCCACUACUGGUGGACUUGUACACCAUUGGCGAUGAGCGCAAGCACCAGUUUGUAUACAAGCGCGAGGAUCUGGACGACGAUACAUUUGUGGCCAGCAUGUUUGUGGUCCUCAAUCGCUUGCUGGAUAAGCUCAAAGUCGACAGCAGCCACCGCUUGGGUAGCACCAAUGCCUACAUGACCAUGGCGCCCGAUGUGAUCGAUGUGGAUCAGGUCUUUGAGGCUCAGGCCAAGGGGUACACGAGUCAAGACAUGCUCUCGAAACCACCUGAUAGCGACUCGUCACCGCUGCCAUCAGCCAACCAAGCCACCCUCAGCGUGGUGAAAAAGUACCGAAACUUUGCGGAAUUGCCAGAAAUGGAUCUCGACAAGAUUGGCGAGUCCGAGGCACAGGAGAUGGAGACAACGGCGCAGGAUGUCGACGAUCAUGAUGAUGAGAUGGAUGACGCAUCUUCGUCGCCACCACCCAAGAAAGAGCCGCGCAGCAGUUUUACAAUUCAGUUGCCCGAUCUGAGCGAUGCUGUCACGCGUGCCGACUUUUUGAAGGCCCAUCCAUACUUGCGCGUGCCGUGCUACGCCGUCUAUUCUUUUCACUACGCGCAUGUGAACAGCGUCGACUCCAAGGGGCCAGCACCCGAGCCCUGUGGCUUGAUGGAGUGCGUGCCCGGUGAGCCUCUCAGCAAAUUUACCGAGGCGGAGGUCGUGGCGCUUCUGCAGUCCCACAAGGAUGUGGUGGCGCUGCUAGACACUCUGGCAGCAUCUUUGGCCGCAGCAUAUUUUGUGGGUCUGCGUGACCGGCAUUACGACAACUACAUGAUCACCACCAACGGGCUGUUCUGCCACAUUGACUUGGGCAACUUUGCCAAUGAGCGCGCCUUUAUGGAUGCCAAGAGCAUUAGUGUGACACCGACCAUGGUGCGCGCCAUCAAACGCUUUGAUCCCGAUGCGUGGGAGUACGUGGCGCAAAUGGCCAAGGGCGUGAUGCAGAUUUUCCAAGCCCAUCUGGAGGCCUUGUUAAUCCAGGCCGAGCAGCUGGACAGUGCGCGCUUUGAGCGCCUCGAGUCUUACGUGCGCCGCCAUGUCGCGCCAAAGGGUUCACCAGAAAAGGUUUAUCGCAUGGUGCUGCGGGCCGACCGGUUCCGCACCAAUGUGAAGAACUUUAUGCACGUAUGUGGCGGUGCCGGUGAGCAAGCUUAUGCACGGCCAGUCAUAGUCUUGGAGCACGCCUUGAAGCGCGUGCGUGCGUGUGUGUGUGUGUGUGUGUGUGUGUGUGUGAGUGAGUGA